CGGCGUCGCACCAUAUUCACCGGAAGUCAACUCGGAAACCACCUUUGGUCGACAGCAACAGUCGCUUCCGACCUUCUUUAACACGGUCAAUCCGCGCCAAUAGUCGUGUUUUGACUCGGGUGUUUGUCUGAGCGUGUCUGUGGCGGCUCGGCGUGUGCUUCCAGGUGCUGCGUCAUCUUCCGGGAGAGAACCGGAGCGGCAUGGCGCGGCUCACCGCGGCUCCGCGCAGCCUCGUCCUGGCGUCUGCCGCCGCGCUCCUGCUUCUGGACUGGCUGGUUGUUGCUCAGGCGAAGAACUUCGAGGAUGUUCGCUGCAAGUGCAUCUGCCCGCCCUACCGGAACAUCAGCGGCCACAUCUACAACCAGAAUGUGACCCAGAAGGACUGUAACUGCCUCCACGUGGUGGAGCCCAUGCCCGUGCCAGGGAUCGACGUGGAGGCCUACUGUCUGCUGUGUGAGUGCAAGUACGAGGAGAGGAGCACCAACACCAUCAAGGUGACCAUCAUCAUCUACCUGUCCAUGGUCGGGGCGCUGCUGCUCUACAUGCUCUUCCUGUUGCUGGUGGACCCCCUGAUCCGGAAACGGGACCCCUACAUCCAGCAGCUCCACAACGAGGAAGAGGAGAUGCGUCCGCAGCCCGGGGGCAGCCAGGCACGAGGCAACACGGUGCUGGAGCGCGUGGAGGGGGCGCAGCAGCGCUGGAAGAAGCAGGUCCAGGAGCAGCGCAAGACUGUGUUUGACCGGCACAAGCUGCUGAGUUAGAGAGCAGCCUGCCGAGGUCACAUGCUGCGCCUCCUCCUUCCCCUGCACGCACUCCCAAACCUUGCACUGAAUAAUCCACCUCCUGGACAUGGCUUGGAACUUGAGAAGACUCAAGCUGCGCUUGCUCCUCUUGCUUGAUUGUGAUUACGGUUGUGACUGACUUCUGAGUCAAGGCGUCUGCCCGAGUCUCAUACCUCUGACCUGUGUGCUGCUGGUGUCGCAUUUGUGUCUGAAGCGUUGACAAAUAAAGGCUUUGAACUGAGCUCUCGUCGUUGAGGGUCACUACCACCAGAGGGCGCCAGAGCUGCUCGCUCCUCGAAUGUAAAGCUCUCUCUGUGUGACCGACGUGUCUCUCAGUUUCUGAUCUGUGCUGUAGCUUCUGGAGUGUAGGUGAAGGACACGUGUUGAGGAAGUUCAAGUCAUGAGACCUGAGCAAGACACUGGCAGGUACGUGAACCUUCCUGCUCCUGUGUUUCCUGGACCCUCCUCUGGACAGGCUUCUGGUUCCUCAUCUGCACUGGCCGGACAACAAAGCUUCACCAAGGCCCAUGUC